GAAAAUGGUUAAAAAAAGAUUAUACGGUCUGCGAAGGUUUGACUUUUAGGUAUAAAAAUAUAUCCUCUGCCAUUUACCCAAUUCCUUGCAUAAAUAAUGAUGUAUGGUGAUGCCAAUGGAAAGCGUAUAUAUCAUUAAAGGGAGUUUUUGUCAGAGAGAGUGUCCCUCUGCUCUCUGCUCUGCGCAACAACUCUGGGCAAGGUUCUAGUGGGCCUGUAGAAAUUGUAACCGGGAGAUUCGGAGUGCUCUCUGCCUUACAGACACAUUCUGACUCUGAUUUCAACAUUUGUACGUCGGUUUCUAAAUUAACCCGAUAGUUUCUGCAGCAGAAAAGACGAGUGAAUAGAACAGGAUGGCGACCAUAAAGAGGGAACGUGAAAUCGACGAAGACGAAGAUUCUGAAGUACCUGUAAAAGUGAGUCGAACACAUGAGGCGGAGGACAAGAGAAGUCGCCAUUGCCCCUACCUUGACACCAUUAACAGGAGCGUUCUGGACUUUGACUUUGAGAAGCUGUGCUCCAUCUCGUUGUCCCACAUAAAUGUGUAUGCCUGUCUGGUUUGUGGGAAAUACUUCCAGGGGAGAGGACAAAAGUCUCAUGCCUACACACACAGUGUACAGUUCACUCACCAUGUAUUCCUUAAUCUGCACACACUGAAAUUCUACUGCCUGCCUGACAAUUACGAGAUCAUUGACUCCUCGCUGGAGGACAUCACGUACGUGCUGAAGCCUACAUUUACUCGCCAGCACAUCGGCGGUCUGGACAAGCAGGGCCGUCUCUACCGUGCCUAUGACGGCACGACCUACCUGCCUGGCAUCGUUGGGCUCAACAACAUUAAGGCCAAUGACUAUGCCAACGCCGUGCUACAGGCCCUCUCUAAUGUACCUCCGCUGAGGAACUAUUUCCUGGAGGAGGAGAACUACCGCACGAUUCGCCGGCCCCCGGGUGACAUCAUGUUCCUGCUGGUGCAGCGCUUCGGGGAGCUGAUGAGGAAGCUGUGGAACCCGCGCAACUUCAAGGCCCACGUCUCGCCCCACGAGAUGCUGCAGGCCGUCGUGCUCUGCUCCAAGAAGAACUUCCAGAUCACCAAACAGGGGGACUCUGUGGACUUCCUGUCUUGGUUUCUCAAUGCUCUGCAUGGGGCCUUGGGUGGCACCAAGAAGAAACCAUCCAUCAUCACAAAAGUGUUCCAGGGUUCUAUGAGGAUCUUCUCUAAGAAACUGCCUCAUCCCGACUUGCCACAAGAGGAGAAGGAGGCCCUGCUGCUGACGGAGGACUACCAGGAGGUGAUGAGUGAGGCCCCCUUCCUCUACCUGACGCUGGACCUCCCCACUGCUCCCCUCUACAAGGAUGAGAAGGAGCAGCUCAUCAUCCCACAGGUCCCCCUCUUCAACAUCUUCACCAAGUUCAAUGGCAACAUGGAGAAGGAGUACAAGACGUACAAGGAGAACUUCCUGAAGCGGUUCCAGCUGACGCGGCUGCCUCCCUAUCUCAUCUUCUACAUCAAGAGGUUCAACAAGAACAACUUCUUUGUGGAGAAGAACCCCACCAUCGUGAACUUCCCCAUCACGUGUGUGGACCUGCGCGAGUAUCUGACAGAAGAGGCCCAAGUUACGGAGAAAAGCACGACCUAUGACCUCGUAGCCAACGUAGUGCAUGAUGGGAAACCGACAGAAGGAUCCUACAGAAUCCACGUUUUACAUCAUGGCACUGGGAAGUGGUAUGAGAUGCAGGAUCUGCAGGUGACAGAUAUUCUCCCCCAGAUGAUCACGCUGUCUGAGGCGUAUAUACAGAUCUGGAAGAGAAGACCAAAUGAAGAGGAAGAUGAAGAUGAAAAGGACAGUCACACAGGGGCCUGAGACCACAAGAGGAAGCCCUAUCAAAAACACGUUCUGGCUGUGUGUGUGUGUGUGCUGAAGAAAUUGGCUGUUUUUUUUUAUUAUUAUUAUUAUUUUAAUGUAAGAAAUAAUUAAUUAAAAAGGAGCUAAAACAUACUACUUUCAGACCUUAAAACUCUUAUUUUGUGCUCCGAUGGCUGAUGAUAUACCAGGUAAAGUUCUGGAAUACAUUGGAGUCAAAAGCUUACGGAAGAAAUUAUUAAUUAAAAAGGAGCUAAAACGUACUACUUUCAGACCUUAAAACUCUUAUUUUGUGCUCCGAUGGCUGAUGAUGUACCAGGUAAAGUUCUGGAAUACAUUGGAGUCAAAAGCUUACGGAAGAAAUUAUUAAUUAAAAAGGAGCUAAAACUUACUACUUUCAGACCUUAAAACUCUUAUUUUGUGCUCCGAUGGCUGAUGAUGUCCCAGGUAAAGUUCUGGAAUACAUUGGAGUCAAAAGCUUACUGAAUGAAAAAAAGGGCAGGAAUGCUGCCCAAGUGUGUUAUCUGAAAAACUAGCCGAUAAGUUCUUGAAUAAACGGCAUA